AUACUCUUCAUGAAUGACCUGGGCCAUAUUUCCCAGUGGAGCGCCAUCAUGGCUGGAAGUCUCACAGGCAUGGUUUCCACCAUUGUGAUGUAUCUUACAGACCUUAUCAAAACCCGCUUGAUUGUGCAGAACAUGCUGGAACCGUCUUCCAGGGGGAUUCGCCAUGCUUUUUCUACUAUUUAUCAACAUGAAAGAUUCCUGGCCCUUUAUCAAGGGGUUUCCCUUGCAGUUUUAGGUAAGAUGAACUUUUCACUUGGCUCUCUUCUAGUUUACAUGAACCUGGAGAAAAUCUGGAAUGGACCCUGAGAUCGCUUCUCUCUCCUCCAGAACUUUGCCAAUGUCUGCCUGGCUGCUGCAGUGACCCAGACCUUCUCCUUUCCCUUCGACACAGUGAAGAGGAAGAUGCAGGCUCAUAGCCCUACCUUCCCACGUGGAGAUGUCCAUUUCUUAGUAGCCAUGGACUGCUUCCAGCAGACAGUGAAGGCCCAAGGUGUACUGGGGCUCUGGAAUGGAUGAGCAGCCAACUUACUGAAGGUGAGAGGAGUGGUCAUUCCAUAUUUUGGAGUUAUAUUUGGCACCUUUGAGUUCUGCAAGAAAACCUGUCUUUACCAAAAUGGUUACAUUGUGUCUCCUCUGAGCUAUCAAUUGACCCCAGGGGUGGAUCAGAGUUUGAGGCCCCAGGAUUUACAGGAAUUAAAGAAGUUCCUCAAAACUGGAAAGCUAAAAUCUAGAAAACCAACUCUUUAAAACGGAAUGGAGGGCUGGUUGAGUG